AUGCCUGUCCUGUCAGAAGAUUCAGGUAAGGAACUUUCUGCUGUUUUAGUACAUUCUCAAACUGUUUUAAUAGGGUGCUAUAUUAGAACCAUGUUUGAUUGAAAACCUGGCUCAGAGCACUGUAAACGCUUAACAGAUUAACAGUAACAUACCCUUGAUAUGUAAUAUGUAAAGGGGUACCUUUACCUUUACCUUUUACCCGUAAUAUAUUUAUGGAGCUCAAGGUGGUGUACACAGUUCUUCCCCUGCAUUUUACCCUCACAACAACCCUGUGAGGUAGGUUAGGCUGAGUAGCAGGGACUGGCCCAAGGUCACCCAGCUAGCUUUAUGGUUGAGUGGGGAUUUGAACCCUUAACCUCCCAGGUACUAACCAUCACACAACACUGGUUCUCUUUUGCUGUGCUCUAGUAGAAAUCCCUAGGGUGGUUUACAGGUAGUUAUGGCUGAAUCUGUCAAUUUCUUUUAUUUUCUAUUUUUUAUCAUACAAUACAAUCUCUACAGAGAAAAGAACAUAGCAUUGAGUUUAUGGCGUCAUUUUAUAUGGUCUUAAAACAUUGUUUUAACAUAUAGUUUCUCCACAGACGGGUUUGUGAGUCUGGUGGAAGAGCUGUCCAUUUCAAUUUCAGUCUGUCAAUUUCAGUUUUUCACAGUUUCUCAUUUUUUCCAAUCGGUUCCCCACAUUUUUACCUCAGGAGGGGGGUUCAGGUAUUGCCAUUAUUAUUAUUGUUGUUGUUAUUAUUAUUAUUAUUUUGACAAUUCAUAUGCUGCUUAAUUGCAGUCUUCUCAGAAACACAAUAACGAUGAAAAUAAGACUGAGCUAAAACUAUAAAGCCAGGAUCCAGUGGCUGGUAGAAUAGAAAACGACAACAACCAAAGGAGUUCUGUAAGGGCAACACUGAGAUUCGCAUCAUAAAUUUCUACCACAUCCAGUGCACUUUUAAAGCAUAUGCCUUCCCCCAAAGAAUCCUGGGAACUGUAGUAAGAUAAGGGUGCUAGCAGCUGUAGCUCUAUGAGGAGGGAACUACAGUUCCCAGGAUUCUUUGGGAGUCUUGUGCUUUAGGUGUACGGCAUCAAUCUGCCCUUAGGAGUGCAGAGUGGCUGGGAAAACCCAGCCAAAUGGGUGGGGUAUAAAUGAACAAAUUAUAAUUAUUAUUAUUAUUGACAGAUCCAUCCUCUGGACCCAUUGGCAAGUGAGGGCUGGCUGUGUUUGGUGGGGCAGAGCCCCAUUUACCCUAACAGACCAGGGUCCCCUGCUCCCCACCCCAACCCUGGUUUCUCAUUUUCUGCUUUACCUGUGGCAGAAGCUGCCACGAGGACUUGGCCUACAGCUCUGGCUGUGCUUUUCAAAAGCACUGGAUAACCAGUACCCCCAGUGAUUUUCUUCUGCGUUUCUCUGACAGGUUUGCACGAGACCCUUGCCCUCUUGACGUCCCAGCUGAGACCGGACUCCAACCACAAGGAGGAAAUGGUGUUCCUCAGAGACAUCUUCAGCGAAAGGAGUCUCAGCUAUUUAAUGAAGGUAAAAACUCUGAGCUGCCCGGUUCCCAAUUGGCCUUUCAUUCAGCCAAGGGAGCUUCUUUUCGAACCCCUGAACUCAAAAAGCUGGACGUUGCGAUGUAACCAAGAGAGUGAUUAUUGGGUGCCCUCCCAGCAGUGCCAAGGAAAUAAAUAACUAUCUGACUUUCAGAAGACAUCUGAAGGCAGCCCUGUAUAGGGAAGUUUUUAAUGUUUGAUACUGUGUUGUGUUUUCAUUUGUUUGAUGCCGCCCAGUCUGAUGCACAGAUGAUGAUGAUGAUGAUGAUGAUGAUGAUGAUGAUUAUUUUCUGAGCAUUUCCAAGAGCUUUCCAUGCUCAGGCAUUGGUGGACUUCCCAACCUGGCCAGGCCUGCUAAGCUGCCAAGGCAAGACUAUAUCAGCCACUACCAGGCCAUUCUUGUGGCUCCUCUGCCCUGACACAGCUCUGGCUUAUACUUUCUCCACAUAUAUGUCCCCACAUAGGCCUGUCCCACAUAGCAGGGAGACAUUCCACUAAACAUUCAGAGGAAAACUCCCUCAGAACUUCACAGCCAAUCAGAGCACAUGCUGCCUCACUAGAGAUCAUGCCGCUCUGCCUGGUUGCUAAGCAACCCCGCCUGCUGUCCCCACCCUCUUUGCCGGAAACUACAACUAAUCCAGAAUGCAGCAGCUAGACUGGUGACUGGGAGUGGCCGCCGAGACCAUAUAACACUGGUCUUGAAAGACCUACAUUGGCUCCCAGUAUGUUUCCAAGCACAAUUCAAAGUGCUGGUGCUGACCUUUAAAGCCCUAAAUGGCCUCGGUCCAGUAUACCUGAAGGAGUGUCUCCAGCCCCAUAGUUUAGCCCGGACACUGAGGUCCAAGGGCCUUCUGGCGGUUCCUUCACUGUGAGAAGCCAAGUUACAGGGAACCAGGCGGAGGGCCUUCUUGGUAAUGGCACCCAUCCUGUGGAACGCCCUCCCACUAGAUGUCAAAGAGAACAACAACUACCAGACUUUUAGAAGACAUCUGAAGGCAGCCCUGUUUAGGGAAGCUUUUAAUGUUUGAUGGACUACUGUAUUUUAAUAUUUUGUUGGAAGCAGCCCAGAGUGGCUAGGGAAACCCAGCCAGAUGGGUGGGGUAUAAAUAAUAAUUUUUUAAAAAAUUAUUAUUAUUGUUAGCCAGCCUACCUUAAUGCUAACAGAAUUAACCCUUAAGCUGAAUACCGAAUCAUCCCUGCUAUUGCUCUUCCAACACUCCUCCAGGUUUUUCCGCCAUCUGAGAUGUGGCAGGUGGCUACAGGGAAGAAGGCCUUUUCGCUUUGGAUCUCCCAGUUCUCCCAGUUCCACCAGGUUUCUUCUAUGGCCACUAUAUCUAUAUUUUCUCUAAGACCAAGUGCUUCCGCUUGCCUGUUUUGGCUCAGAGGCUUGUGGCUUUAGCAUAUCAACAGGUAUCAAUAUGGUACCUCAGUCGGUAGAGCACGAGAAUCAGGGUUGUGGGUUCGAGCCCCACAUUGGGCAAAAGAUUCCUGCAUUGCAGGGGGGUCAGACUAGAUGACCCUUAUAGUCCCUUCCACCUCUACGAUUCUGUGAGAAAAGUGCCUGUUUCCAAAUGUCUUUGGCGCUUGUGUUUUGGCCUACAGGGCUUUGCACAUCUGCCCCUGCCUCAUUUAAAUGACCACCGUUUGAACAUUAUAUUUUGUAUGUGUUUGUGUCUGCCUUCUGUUUCAGAUUCACGAAAAGUUGUGCCAUUAUGAAAGGCAGAGCCCGGUCCCAGUUCUGCACAGCGCCUCGGCUCUAGCUGAAGACGUAAGUGUCUAGUUGAAAAUGCAAGCGUUGCCUCCUUCUGAGCAUGUGUGUUCAGGGUUGGCGUUGGAGUUUGGCGCCACUGCGCACCUGCCAAGGCCCCCACCCCACUUACCGAACCCUGAAGACUUUUGUGGUAGCCAGAAACUCUGUCAGGGCAGAGGAGCCACAAGAACGGCUGGGUAGUAGCUGAUAAAGUCUCGCUUCAAACCCAGAUGGCAUAAGUUCUCCUCCCACUCCACGUGAAAAGUCUAUAAGGGGUUUGCGAGGCCUCGCUGUUGUUUGCAAGAAGUGGCGGCGGCCUGCAAGUCCUCUUGGCGGUAGUGGGAGGUAGUGGCAAAAGCUGUGGCAACCUGCCUCAGUGAGGCCUUGCAGGCCACCUCUACAUCUGCCACCGUCUCUUGGCACCACUGCAAGGCCUUGCAGGCCACCGCUACUGCUACUGCCACUGCCUCUGACUGCCGUGGUGAGGCUUCACAGGCUGCUGCUGCUUCUAAUACCACCCCCUCCCCGCCACUAUUGAUACUGCCUCUGCAGAUUGUCCUGAAUACCACCAUUUGCUAGCCAAGCCCCAAAUCCAAAGUCCUGCUGGGAUGCAUUUUGCCUUGCCUGCUGCUGAAAGUAACCAUGAGGUGAUUGAUAGUAUCAUUUAUCCAUUUUAGACAAGUAGCAGCAGUUGCCAGGACAUUGUCCUGUUCGCCUCUGCGUAGUUCCUUCCUUAUUUCAAUUUUUUUGACAUAUCAAGAUGUCGUGAUAUUUAGCUGGUGAUAUAUCACAAUACAGUGGUACCUUGAGUUAAAUACUUAAUUUGUUCAGGAGGUCUGUUCUUAACCUGAAAUUGUUCUUAACCUGAAGCACCACUUUAGCUAAUGGGGUCUCCUGCUGCUGCCGCGCCGCCGGAGCAGGAUUUCUGUUCUCAUCCUGAAGCAAAGUUCUUAACCCAAGGUACUAUUUCUGGGUUAGUGGAGUCUGUAACCUGAAGCGUAUGUUACCUGAGGUACCACUGUAUUGAAAACCAGUUAUCGCCCAGCCCUACUUGUGAUGAUAAAACACACCCACCUCCCUCCUGACUCGACUGGAAUCUGUUGCUACGCACAAGCUGCAACUUUUAUUUGGCAUUGUGGUGUUAACUCAGCGGUAGGCAAACUAUGGUCCGUGGGCCAGAUACAGCCCGAGGGGGUCGUUAUACCGGCCCCUGGCCCUUGCCACCCGUUGGGUCAGUCCCUGCACGGAGCUAAACCGGCGUGGUACGCCAGAUUAGCUCCGCGCGGGGACUGACGUCCAGGACGCAGCAACGGCUUCCUAAUGGCUGCAGGAAGCUCCUGCAGCCAAUAGGAAAUCGCAGAUGCCGCCUGCUCAGCUGCAAUGGCUCCAAAAGUCAGUGGGGAAAGAGUGGUGGUCGUGUUGGACUAUAUGGAACUGGCGGAAAUGACUGGCAGAAUCCGAGACCAGGGAGGAGAGUCGGUGGAAGAAGAUUGGAAGAAAUUUAAAGACUAUCUACAGAAAUACUGUAAAAUUAAUGAAUGUUAGAAUGAUAUCGGAAUGAAGCUAAGGGGUUUUUAGUAGCAAUGUUACAAGGAGUAUGUAAAAAUGGACUGCUAACAGAUGAGAAUAUACAGUUAUUACAUUUUAAGACAAAGGACUAAGAUAAAAACAAAGAGGGAAAGGAUUUGCUGAAUUAACUUACUGAACUGGAAUACAAAAAGGGGAGGUGUGAGGAGGUCAGGGAAUCAAGUGAAUGAAAGACAAGAUAUGGAAAGAUUGAUUUGUUUUUAAUUGUUUUUACUUUUUUGUAUUUUGUAUUCUCUUCUUUAUUUUUUUAUUCUUUUUUUCUCCCCCCUUUUUUCUUUUUCUUAUUAUUAUUAUUAUUGUAACCUCUUUUCUUGAUUUUUGAAACUUUAAUAAAUAUCUUAUAUGUAAAAAAAAGAGUGGUGGUCGUGUGUGCAUGCGCACAGGUGCAUGCGCUCCUGUGAACGGGCGAUGCAGCCCGCUGGCAGAAAAGCUUGCUGACCCCUUUGUUAACUGAUCCCUGCCACCUUUUUUUCCUAGUGAUUUGAUGGUGCUGCAGAGAGUAACUUUGCAAUGUUUCCAUCUGAGAUCUCUCUCUCUCUCUGCAGAAUGUUGCGCAAUUUAUAAUUUAUUAGACUCUCUGGUGCCUUUGCCAUAACCGAGCAACACCGCCUCCAGACAGGCCUACGCUUUUUUCUUUCUAUAGUCUUAUAUCUAGGAGUAAGUGAAUCUCAUGUACUAUAGUUGUUCUACCCAGCUUCUAAUAUGCCCUCUUAUGCUGCAUAUGUUGGGAUGGAUUUGGAAGGUAGGAUAGGAUAUAUUACUUAUUUGUUAUCUUUCCGCUUAGCAUCUAGUUUAGCAGAGUCAAAAAUAUACAGUCGUACCUUGGUUGACGAACGCCUUGCGACUUGAACGUUUUGGCUCCUGAAUGCCACAUUUUGGAUUAAAAAAUAAUUGGUUUAGGCCACAGUUUUCCCAAACGUGGGUCUUCAACUGUUUUUGGAUUACAAUUCCCAUCACCCCUGACCCAUGGUCCUCCUAGCUAUGGAUGGUGGGAAUUGUAGUCCAGAAACACCUGGAGACCCAAGUUUAGGAAACCCUGGUUUAGACCAAAGAUGGAGCCUAUACAUCUGCAUGGUGAGAAAGGAAGUGUUCCUCAGGUGGGAGGAAGUGAUAAGGAUUAGCUUCCUAUUGUUACCCUUCCCACCUGGGCAAGCAGAGGAUAUAACCUCACAGAGUGCCUAACCCUUUGCUCACCUAGCAAAGAUGGGAUUUUAUAUUUUGACUGGAGUAUCAUUUCCCCAAAGCACACACACAGUCUCCACCCCCAUCAUUCAGCCCAGACACUUGAGGUCCAGCUCCAAGGGCCUUCUGGCGGUUCCCUCACUGCAAGAAGUGUGGUUACAGGGAACCAGGCAGAGGGCCUUCUCGAUAGUGGCGCCCACCCUGUGGAACGCCCUCCCACGAGAUGUCAAGGAAAUAAACAACUAUCUGAUUUUUAGAAGACAUCUGAAGGCAGCCCUGUUUAGGGAAGUUUUUAAUGUCUGAUGUUUUAUCACUUUUUUUGAUUAUUGUCAUUAAUUCUGUUGGGAGCUGCCCAGAGUGGCUGGGGAAACCCAGUCAGAUGGGCGGGGUAUAAAUAAUAAAUUAUUGUUAUUGUUAUUAUUAUUAUUAUUACAGACCGUACAUUUCCUUCUUCCCCCAUGUAAUCCUGGGAACAAACUACAGCUCCUAGUAUUAUUUGCUGUGUGUGUGUGGGUGUGUAUGUGUCAGGGAACUGCCAUCAGUGCCGGAGGGAGAGAGAGAGCUCCAGAGGGAUCCCAGAGAGCGUCACGGGAUUGGGAGAGGCAGCCCAUCUUCUGGGGAAGGGAAUCAGCUCAGCUCCAGUGGAGAAGGGGGGCAGAUGGGGAAUCUGAGAGGGAGUCACAUGACUCCUUGCCUGGGACCAGUGGGGGGAGGAAGGGUCCUCCGCUGCCUACGCCUUCCUUGCGCAGAAGGCUUCCGCGCAGGGAAAGUAGGAGGCGACUGGGCGUGAAAGAACUUCUUUGCUGGAAGAAGUUUAAGAAACGCCCACUGACGGAUUCUGCCAGCGAUUGAGACAGCCACGGGUGAGUGGCUGUCCGGACAGAAAAGGUUCAUUUAGGCAACCCAGCCAGGUGUGGGCACCGGCUUACGCACGAGCAACCCCUUGAACCAUUACAGUAUGUUUUGAAUAUAUGGUGUGUACACAACCUUAGUCUCUGUUCUCAUUUAGUAGCAGACACGGGCCGGGUAGACACAUCACGCUAAACCAAACAAUUGCUAAGUGGGACUAUGCAAGCGUGCAAACUCCCAGAGGGGCCUUUGCAGCCACUUUGCUCCUCUUGGUCUGAUUCGGCAGGCUGCAUAUGUUGUUAUCUCCAGGCAGGGCUAAAAAAAAAUACUCAAGCCAUGGACAGUCAGGGGAGAUGAGGGAUGGCUAAUCCUUUGCCCUCCAGAGGUUCCUGAACUAUACCUCCCAUAACCCCUGACCAUUGGCUGUGCUGGGAAGGUGUGAUGGGAGUUGGAGUCCCACAAAAUCUGGAGAACCGCAGGUUCCCCAUCCCUGGUGUAUAUGAGUUAUUGAGGUCGAUGGAACAUCGGAGCUUUCUGUGCUCCUCGAUUACUUCCCAGCCUUGUGUACCUUUGCAGGGAGUUUUAUAUAUGCCGCAGAGGUGGACGGCGACAUGUGCUUGCACUGAGAUUAGCAAAAGAUUGAGCUGAAAAUGCAAGGGAAAACGAAGACGCUGCCUUGUGCAUGGAUGAUCUCUCUCUUUCUUUCUCUUUAAGGUUAUAGAGGAAUUGCAGACUACGCCAAUGAAUAAUGACGAAAAAGAGCUGCUGCAGUUGCUUUCCACUCCUCAUCUCAGGGUAAAAAACGGUUCUGUAGCUUGAGAAAGGGGUGGUGUUGCAGGGGGAGCAACUGUGCUUUUGGCCAUUUCCUUGUCAAUUCUAGUCAUUUGCCGCUGCUUAAUUUACAUGUAAAAGGCUAACAUUAUAAGGAGAUCAUUUCCUGUUGGUGUUUGCUGAGAUAUUGCUGUGGGCGGCUGCUCAGAGUGAAUGUGUAAGGUCACAUCCGUACCCUACAUUGAAAGCAUCCUUGUGCCCCCCCCCCCAAUAUUGGGAACUGUAGUCUGUUAAGGCUGCUGAGAGUCAUUGGGACACAAAGCUACAGUGCACAGGACUUGUAACUCAAUGGGAAGCCACAAUUGUCAAAGAGAGUGUUUUGAACGUAGGGUGUGAGUGUGAACUCAGAAGUAGAAAGAUGACCAAAGAAAGCCUCUCUGAGAUCAUUUUCAUACCAUCCAUUUGCAGCACUAUGAUACCACUUCAAACAGUCACAGCUUCCCUCAAAGGAUUCUGGGAACUGUAGUUCAUUAAGGGUACUGAGAGUUGUUAGGUGACUCCUUUUCCCCUCUCAGCCCUGUUUAGGGAAGUUUUUAAUGUUUGAUAUUUUACCGUGUUUUUAAUAUUCUGUUGGGAGCUGCCCAAAGUGAGUGGGGAAACCCAGCCAGAUGGGCACGGUAUUAAUAACAAUAACAAUAACAACAACAACAACAAUAAUUUAUAUAAAUAAUAAUAAUAAUCUCAGAACCACACUUCCCAGAGCUCCCUGGGAAGGAUGACUGUCAAACCAUUCUUGAGAAUUGUAGUUCUGUGAGACUAGUGGUUUGUUUGUUUUUUUGCAACAUUUCACGGUGCGUGAGUUCGCACAUAAUUCUGAUUUAUCAGUUGUUCUGCCGUGCUUCCCCAGUUUUACCACUUGGUUGUUAUCCAGAGGAGCGAUCUUGCACUCACAUACACCCUGACUCCCUGGAGCAGUUUUGCUAUGAAAUGUUGCAGGAUUUUAGCAGCGAUGGACAGAUUGGGAAGAAAGCCAUCUCCCUGCUCGGAGGCUGUUGUAGGUGCAAACAAUAUGGACCCACACAUAACCUCCCCAUACCAUCAUGAACACAAAUCAUCACGAAUGCACAACAAAAAGGAUAUCGGGAGGGAGUCCUCAGACUAGUACCCAAAAGCAUUUGGGAAGAUGGUCAUUUUGCUGCCUGCUCUUCGCUUCCACUGCUGCAUAUACAGUCGAUUUACGCAUAGUUUUAAUACCAUUUUCUUUUCGGUUUGCUUUUAAUGCUUGAUUGUUUAUUGCCAGUGCUACAAUGUAUGCAGCGACACGUUUUACUGUUCGUUUGGUCUGUUACCUACCCUGGGUGUUUUCUGUGAUAGAAAUGCGUUGAAAAAUUUAUCCUUAAUUUUGUGCAGCGGAGAGAGAGGAGAGAGUGGCUGCAGCUGCUCGGAGAACAUGGAAGGGUGCUCUGCACAUGCUCAGAUGAUGUGCCCUGUGCAUAAUUACCAAGUGGCGUUUGUGGCACCAAGAAACUGCCACACCUCGGUUUAGUCCCGUGCUGCUGAGCCGUACUUUCUUAUCCCACCCCGAUGUUUAACCAAACCUGCCCACCCACUGCAACCUGCUGCUCCUUGCCCCACAGCACCGAAUGCAUAAUAUCAAUGGCCGCUUCCUGCUUGUCAGCGCGAGAUCUUUAUUCUGCCCCUGCAGGAGGAAGGUCUUUUGCUCUCCUUGCCCUUUAGGUAUUAAAAACAGCUCUAUAACGAGCAGGGUUUUUAGAGCAGCGUUUUAAUCACGUUCGCCGGGGUGCCAUAAGGUAUGAAGAAAAAUCGUUUUCAAAUGAUUUCCAGUUGCAGCCGUCUGUAAUGGAUUUAGCAAUGAGAGAGGCAGUGCAGAGAAAUAAGAUUGCUUUUAUGCACUGGUUUUCCCCUCCACGUCACCCGCCUCCCCCCAUAAAAUCACCUCUAAAAGAAAUAGAAAUCUAGAUAGAUUAUACCUAGUAAAAUCAACAAGGUCUUCCCCAGUUGGUGAGGAGUGGGAGGGAUGGUGUGUGGGUGUGUCUAAAGUGUGGGCAUCCUCUGGGCCUUCUGAUGAUGUUGGAGUUCAACUCCCAUCGGCCCUAGCACACAGGCCAGUGGUCAAGGAUGAUGGGAGUUGUAGCUCUGCCAUAUCCAGAGGGCCAAAGGAUCUCUGCAUCUGCAAUAUUCUACUGCAUCAAUUCUCCUUGUAUCUUGCGUUUGGAUGGUGAGAGCUGGGGCUUAUGUCGCUAAGAUGGCGCCAACGCCAUACAAGAGGGUGGUCAUGUAGCAGACUUGGGGGGAACCUUGACUUCUGGGAACUACAGUGGUACCUCAGGUUACAGACGCUUCAGGUUACAGACUUUGCUAACCCAGAAAUAGUACCUCGGGUUAAGAACUUUGCUUCAGGAUGAGAACAGAAAUCAUGCAGCGGCGGCGUAGCAGCAGUGGGAGGCCCCAUUAGCUAAAGUGGUGCUUCAGGUUAAGAACAGUUUCAGGUUAAGAACGGACCUCCAGAACAAAUUAAGUUCUUAACCCGAGGUACCACUGUACAGGUUGCUAUGGCUGCUAGGAUUUAUGAGGAGCGGGUGGCGGUUUGAAUCCCUGCAACGGGGUGAGCUCCUGUUGCUCUGUCCCAGCUCCUGCAAACCUAGCAAUUCGAAAGCAUGCCAGUGCAAGUAGAUAAAUAGGUACUGCUAUGACAGGAAGGAAAACAGUGUUAGGUAAAUGGCAUUUCCGUGUGCUCUGGUUUCCGUUGCGCCAGAAGCUGUUUAGUCCUGCUGGCCACAUGACCCAGAAAGCUGUCUGUGGACAAACGCCGGCUCCCUCGGCCUGAAAGCAAGAUGAGUGACGCAACUCCAUAGUCACCUUUAACUGGACUUAACCGUCCAGGGGUCCUUUACCUUUACCUUUUACCUUUAUUAGGACAUCUCUAUUCCCCUCACACAGCUACAAUUCCAAGAGUUCCCUCAGAAGGGCUGCUGGUUAAACCACCUUGAAAAACGGUAGCUCUGGGAGAGGAAUAGGGGUCUCCUAACAACCCCCAGCACCCGUGACAAGCUAUACUUCCCAGAAUUCUUUGGGGGGAAGCCAUGACUGCUUUAAAGCGGUGAGAGACUACUUGAAAUUUAUAGUGCAGAUGGGGUUUCAGAUUCAGUUUCUUAGGCCGUGGACGCACCAUAUAUUUAAUGAAUAUUGCUUGCCCUUGCAAAGAAACCUGGGAACUGUAGUUUAAGGGUGCUGGGAACUGUAACUCUAUGGGGGUAAACUCCAGUUCUUUGGGGAUGUGUGCUUUACGUGUACUUUAAAUGUAUGGUGUGUAAGCAGCCUUAUUGCCUUCUAACACCACCAUUCAGGGUUCCUAAUAACUCUGUGUAUUGCUGCCGCCUAGUUGGUUGUUCCCUCCUUCCCCAUCAUCGGUAUGCAUUUAGUUGUUCGGAAGCCAACUUAUCCCUUGAAGUGUGGAAAAAUACUUCUUCCAUAAGUCUCUGCUGCAGCUUUAUGGCUGGCUGCCAGUUCAGAUCCAUUCUAUGAAAUAUUUAAUGAUACCAGGCAAGCGCAGAAAUUAUGUUCUCUUUAGAUUUAUUGCCGAUCUAAUAAAACAUGCGGGAAAAGCUGGGGGAAGAUAAUUUAAAGGGGAAAUGAAGAGAGAAAGCCAAGGAAGCAGGGUGUUCUUUUUCACACUCGCUCGCAUGCAUGGAUCUUAUGCGCCAGGAAGAUUAUCUCUCCAAAGAUGCUGCUGUGCAAAAGCAAUUGCUCAUAUACCACCAACAGUAUCUGUUGCGGAUGCUUGCAGGGGUGGGGGCGCGGUAGUGAGACUGAAUUAAAGAUGGCCUGGGGUUCAGCAAUCCCAAUUUGGAAACAGGUGUCCUUGUGGGGGUGUGCUGCGCUAACAGACCCUCCAAGUGUCCCUAUUUUCAAGGGAUAAUCCCGGAUUUACAGAAGCCGUCCCGGUUUCUGAGUUAAAGGUAAAGGGACCCCUGACCAUUAGGUCCAGUCGUGGCCGACUCUGGGGUUGCGGCGCUCAUCUCGCUUUAUUGGCCGAGGGAGCCGGCAUACAGCUUCCGGGUCAUGUGGCCAGCAUGACUAAGCCGCUUCUGGCGAACCAGAGCAGCGCACAGAAACACUGUUUACCUUCCCACCAGAGCGGUACCUAUUUAUCUACUUGCACUUUGACGUGCUUUCAAACUGCUAGGUUGGCAGGAGCAAGGACCGAGCAACGGGAGCUCACCCCAUUGUGGGGAUUCAAACCGCCUACCUUCUGAUCGGCAAGUCCUAGGCUCUGUGGUUUAACCCACAGCACCACCCGCAUCCCUUCUCUAUUUUCAUUGGAGAAAUGUUGGAGGGUAUGGAGUUGUGUGACCCCCUGAGCCAAGGAGGUAAAAUAACCACGCAGUGGUACCUUGGAAGCCCAACAGAAUCUGUUCUGGAAGUCCGUUUGACUUCCAAAAUGUUCGACUUCCAAGGCGCGCCUUCUGAUUGGCUGCAGGAGCUUCCUGCAGCCAGUCGGAAGACCUGCCAGACGUUCGGCUUACAAAAGAACGUUUGCAAACCGGAACACUCACUUGCCGGUUUGUGGCGUUCAGGAGCCAAAACGUUUGGCUGCUAAGGCGUUCGUCAACCAAGGUAUGACUGUACAGCCUUUAGAAAACAUCUGAAGACGGCCUGUAUAGGGAAAUUUUAAAUGUUUUGCGUUUUAUUAUGUUUUUAUAUAUGUUGGAAGCCACCCAGAGUGGCUGGGGCAACUGAGUCUGAUAGACAGGGUACGCCUAAUAAAAUUACAGUGGUACCUCAGGUUACAGACGCUUCAGGUUACAGACCAGUGAUCCCAUCAUCCCUGACCACUGGUCCUGUUAGCUAGGGAUGAAGGGAGUUGUAGUCCCAAAGCAUCUGGAGGGCUGAGUUUGCCUAUGCCUGAUUUACUGUAUUUAUUUCCUCCAAUUUGAACUAUUAAAUGGUGAUUUUCUUGAGUAAAAAUGAGAGUAACCCUAAACAUUUUUAAUGGAAAAAAAGCACUGAGGACAGGCAUGAACUGAUGAACUUGCAAAGCUGAAUGCUGAGUAUACAGGGAAGGGGAGGAAAGCAGACUCCUAUCUCUGAACUAUGGCUUGGUGUGGAUUCUUAACUCUUUUUUUUUUUUUAGCACAAUCUAUGGUUUUGCAUUAUGUCUGAACUGGGUCUGUGGGUAGCUUUCUGCUACUCCUGUUAUUGAUAAGUGCUCAGGAUUGAGAGUGGCUUGCGCUUCAAACAUUACAUUUCUUAGGUGUGCAUACCCAACAAUACAACCUGUGGAUAUCAUGCAGAUAUGCUCAUUGGCAAGCUGAUACUGGCUGCAUUUGAUGCCUGGGCCCAGUUCAAAGUGCUAAUAUUAAACUUCAAAGCCCCAGCAGUGUAUUUCAGGAUACCCCAGGGUGCAGAUUCUCCUUAUUAGCUCAGGUACCCCAGACUUCAAAGGCUGGUGAGAACAAGAAACAGGGACUUUCCAGUUGUGGCUCCCCCUCUAUGACCUACACUACUGAGGAUGGCCCACUAGGGCGGCGCUCUUGCUGAUAGUUAUUAGAAAGCUGGCAACAAUAUUUGUUUCCCUUUGGUUAUAUCUGACCUGCGAGGGAGCUUUUUCAAAGUCAUGUACUAAUGGUAUCGAAUUCCACAUAGGUAUUUUUGUAUCUGUUACAAAAAGAUACGCAGAUUGAUGUUUGCAGAAGAUGAUCUGCUGUAAAAGCUGUUUGUCGACAUGUAUUCUGAACGUGAACAGUAAAACAAAGGUAUUAGACUAACAUCUUGAACUUAAAUGUGCGAAAACAGAAUCGAAAACGGGUGAUCGACAGUGUUAGUCAUACUCUAUAGUAGAUCCAUUAAAAUCAAUGGACUUAAGUAACUGUCUGUUGAUUUAAGUGGGUCUACUCUGAGAAGGUCUUCAUUUGCUGUCACUGUUACGCUCCUUGAAUGAAUGUAUUGAAACAGUUUACUUAGAACUAAUUGUUAAUAUCCUUACAGCAGAAAAAAAUGUUCUGCAGCUGCAGUUUGGAGGUUAUCUUCUGUAGCUCCAAUUUCCAAUUAGUUUUAAACUUCUGAAGAUUUUUAAAUGACAGUUUGUCAAAAAUUGGACUCCCUUUCUGGAAUGAUAAGUUACACAAUAAGGCCCGACCUCAUGUGUUCUCUCCGCCCCCCCAAUGUCUUUUAAAGAUUGCUCUCUUUUUUUCCUUUCUUGCAUAGAAACGAUUUAUCUUUUAGGCUUCGCAAAUAAAGAAGAUUAAAAAGGAAUCCAGUCUGGGAUGAUUGGCUGACAAGCUCCUUUGAAUUGUUUUGACUUUGGUGUUGCUGCUUGGGUGCUUGAGAUAGUUUGGGAAUGUGCUGCUGGUAUUUUUGUGGCGGAGUGAUGCGGCUGACCUGCUCUAAAUUGUGUCACUGGUCCUGUUAGCUAGGGAUGAUGGGAGUUGUAGUCCCAAAACAUCUGGAGGGCAGAGUUUGCCUAUGCCUGCUGUUAGGGUACCAAGGGGUUGCUCGAGAGCAAGUAGGCAAAUGCCUCCCUGCUCGGCUGUGAAGCCGUGCUUUUGAUGCUAAAAUAAACUUUCUCUGUGCAGAGUGCCACUAUCCUGUGGCUGGCUCAUUCACUGGCAGAAUCUGAGAGUGGGCGCUCCUUAAACCUUCCCCAGCAGAGUAGUUUCUUGACGCCCAAUCUGCGCCUCCCCUCUCGGCGCGGAAGCCUACUGAGGAGGGAGGGUGUGGGUAACAGAGGAGCUCUCUCCUCCCCGCUUUGCCCAGGCAAAGUGUCCUGGCACCGCCUCACCUCCUCCGAGCCCUGAAGCUCCUCUCCACUGGAGGCGUGGUUACUCUCCUCCGCUGAGGAGGUGCUGCUUCCCACGAUCUUUGGGGGCUCUCUGUAAUCCAUCCGGCUUUUCCCCUCUCGCCCCAAGCCGAUGGCAGUUCCCUGACACCUGCCUUAGUUGAUUGAUGUGUCCUUCUUGGAAAUCUUCAAGAAUCCGUUCCCAUCUCCUUACGCCCUGUGCCUCUUUCCUCUCUCUUCCCAUUCCCUUGUAACCCCAAGGCCAUGCUUGCUGUCCACGACACGGUUGCCCAGAAGAAUUUUGACCCUGUCCUCCCUCCUUUGCCGGACAACAUUGAUGAGGAUUUCGACGAGGAGUCUGUGAAAAUAGUUCGCCUGGUGAAGAAUAAAGAGCCUUUGGUGCGUAUGUAUUCUCACGGCCUGUGCCACAGGCAGCGAAAGGGCUUGCAAGAACAGGAGAAAAAGCUUGCUGAAUUGAACAGGCCAGCAUCUAGCUUCCCACAGUGGCCAAUCAGUUGUUUCCAGGAAGCCCCACUAGCAGGGCAUGGGGGCAUGGAUAGUACUUAAAGGGAGGUUCCAUUUCACUCUCAUGGCUAAGAUAUGAGUUGAGCCUCUGCACAAUCUCAUUUUAAAGCCUUUGCCAUUGGCUGGCAUUGCCCCAUUGAGCGCAUUUAGCUAGGACAGGAAAAUCCUUAUAAUUCUCUUGGGAAUUAUAGGGAUAAGGUAAAGGUAAAGGGAUCCCUGACCAUUAGGUCCAGUCGUGACCGACUCUGGGGUUGCGGCGCUUCACUGGCCGAGGGAGCCAGCGUACAGCUUCCGGCUUAUGUAUGACUAAGCCUCUUCUGGCGAACUAGAGCAGCGCAUGAAAAUGCUGUUUACCUUCUCACUGGAGCGGUACCUAUUUAUCUACUUGCACUUGGAUGUGCUUUCGAACUGCUAGGUGGGCAGGAGCAGGGACCGAGUAACGGGAGCUCACCCCACCGGGGGGAUUCGAACCGCCGACCUUCUGAUCGGCAAAUCCUAGGCUCUGUGGUUUAACCCACAGUGCUACCCGCGUCCCACGUAUUAUAGGGAUAGAGCUACCUAAAUUGUACAGUCGUACCUUGGAAGUUGAACGGAAUCCGUUCCGGAAGUCCAUUCGACUUCCAAAACCUUCAGAAACCAAAGCUUCUUCUGAUUGGCUGCAGGAAGCUCCUGCAGCCAAUCGGAAGCCCCGUCGGACGUUCGGCUUCCCAAAAUAGUUUGCAAACCAGAACAGUCACUUCCAGGUUUAGGUUGUUUGGUAGCCAAAACGUUUGAGAACUAAGCUGUUUGAGAACCAUGGUAUGACUGUACUGUAUUGAAAUUUAUUCAUGUAUGCAACUACAGCGGCAAGAAUGUUACUUGCCCAAAAAUGGAUAGAAGCAGAAGUCCCAGCAAAUAAAGAAUGGAUACAAAAACUUAUGGAAUAUGCAAAAAUGGCGAAACUUACCAGAAGAAUAAGAAAUCAAGACAACAAACUUUUUAUAAAAGAAUGGAAAUGGUUUAUUGAAUAUAUACAGAUAAAUUGUAAACAGAUAAAAAAGAUAAAAACACUGCCAGGAUUAUUGUAAUAACCUGCAGCUACAUAAGAGUAUAUGUUUAAAGAAGAUAAAUAAAUUAGUAAGUUAAGUUAAUUUAGAUAUGCAGAAGAUAUUAAAAGUGUAAGGAACCACAGAAAGAGGGGGAAGGAAGUCAAGUUUUUUUAACAUGUCAAAAUAACAAGUCAAGUUCUAGCAUGUAAAAUCAGUGAAAUGUAUAUAUUUGAAAAGUAUAAAUAAUUUUUUUUUAAAAAGACAGGUAAAUGGAAAUUUCAGAGGCCAGUAGUGUACUGGUCCAGAGUCAAAGGCCUGUUCUGAUUUUUGCAGCGGGGUCUCUGCAGGGCCGCCUGCGUCCAGUAUCCUAGAACCAGCUAACCAGCAUAAAAUGGGGAGCUUUUUUUGCCACUGUUCGCUCCAAAGCCAAGCAUUAAGGAACACUGAGAGUAUCCAGCGGUGCUGCUCUCGUGGGCCAGCCAAGAGCUGUGCAUCAACGGUUGACAGCCGGGAUAGCUCAAUUGGUUGAGCAUGAGACUCUGAAUCUCAGGGUUGUGGGUUCGAGUCCCACAUCGGGCAAAAUAUUCCUGCAUUGUGGCGGUUGGGCUAGAUGAUCCCUAGUUGUCCUUUCCAGCUCUGCUAAUUCUGUGGUUCUAUUAGUCUGUCUCUCUUUGCAUUCUAGGGUGCGACGAUCAGGCGGGAUGAGCACACCGGAGCUGUGAUCGUGGCGCGGAUCAUGAGGGGAGGGGCUGCUGAUCGUAGCGGUAGGUCUCUUCAGCAGCUAGAUUUCCGUUUCCCUGUGUUGAAGUUAGAGAGUGCAAGCUGUGCUCUGAUUGGCUCAGGGUUCCACCCCACCCACAGCCAUUCAACCAAUCUGGAAGCUUCGAACAGCCUUUCUCAACCUUGGGGCACCAGAUGUUCUUGAACUACAACUCCCAUCAUCCCUCACCACUUGCCAUUCUGGCUAGGAAUGAUGAGAGUUGUAGUCCAACAGUAUCUAGAGACCCAAGGUUAAGAAAAAGCAAGCCCCCAAAUAUGCUCUUCCCAGGAGCUUGCUAACGGUGUGAAUUCAAUUUGAAUGAAACUUUAUUUGCGUCAGCCAUCGGCCAUAGCAACAAAAGAACAUUGUGAUAUACACAGAACAAAAUAAAAAGUCAAUUGUAUAAAACAAAGUUUAGGGUCCUGAAUCAGCAGUCAAAGAGUGGACCUUAUUCUGAUUGCCCCAGCUAAAAACCUUGCAACCUUUGCUGUCAUCUGCACUUUUGGCUAACGGUGUGAUGGGUUGCAGUGGAUUAUGGGAGAUGUUAUUCUCCAAAGGGCAGUCCCAUUGCUUUGCACAGUCUUCUCCUUGCCUGGUGGAAAUUGUUCUGAAAGGUCACAAUAUGAUGUCGUAAUGCUCACAUCUGCAUUUGAGGAGGCUUUUUUGCUUCGUCGCAUUGGGACAGCGGUUUAUUUACAUUUCCCUCCCUGCAAUCAUCUGGGCUGGAAGACUGUAUCAACCCUAUACAGCAAGCCCUCCAGAGCUGUAGAGCCUUCGAAAGCUUGUUGGACUCCAUCUCCCAUCAGCCCCAGCCAGCGUGGCCAAUGGGAGUGAUGGAGGCUGAAGUCCAACAUUGCGUCACAACCUGAAGGGCCUGGCAGGUAUUAAAUCAGAGGUUCUCCAUUACGUCUGAGCUGGGGAAAGUUAACAAAGCAGAAAAAGAAGCCAGGAGAUGGGGCAGGGCAGAGAGGAGUACUCUGCCCCACUGCUCAUUCCUGGCUUCAUAAACCAUGGUUUAUUGUCCAAUCCUGUCUAGAGUUUGGUCUGAAGUCACCGAUUGAGUUUCAUAGCUGAGCAGAAAACACAAAGUUGUGCUUUUAAUGGAAUUUAAUGGAACACGGAAGGUUUUGUUUUGUUUUUCUGUUCUGCUCAUUCUGCCUGCGCACAGGCUGUUGGAUAUUUUUGCAAGGAAUGAAUGGGAUUUUUCCUAUCCGAGAAAGUAAGCUCUUUUUAAUAUUUCUCUUUCUCUGCCUUUUAGGUCUUGUUCACGUUGGAGACGAGCUGCGGGAAGUCAACGGGGUUGCUGUGCUUCACAAACGACCGGAAGAAAUUAGUCAGAUUUUGGUUUGUUUUCCAUGCUUAAUUUUCUAUUUUAUCAGGGUUCCAGUGUUUACAUCUCAAUUUUAUGCAUGCAAGUCCCACAUAGUUCAAUGCAGCUUACUCCUUGGUAAGUGUGUGCGUACACAUACAGGAUAGCAGCCUAAGGGAGGAAGGCUGCAAUCCUCACCCCACAUUUAGCUGGGAGUAAGCCCUGUUCAAUUCAGUAGGGUGCUCUUCUGUGUAGAUACGGUUUGGCCUGUACUGUAGGUCCUCAGUGGGACAUGAUUCUGAAUAGACACAAAUUGGACUGUGCAAUUAAUCACUGAAUUGGUUUAACUGACUUUGAAAGGUACAGUCAUACCUCGGGUUACAGACACUUCGGGUUGCGCGUUUUCGGGUUGCGCACCGCGCCGAACCUGGAAGUACUGGAACAGGUUACUUCUGGGUUUCGGCGCUCACGCAUGCGCAUAAGCACUAAAUCAUGCUUUGCGCAUGCGCAGAAGUGCCAAAUCACAACCCGCGCAUGCGCAGACGCAACGCUGCGGGUUGCGAACGUGCCUCCCGCACGGAUCACGUUUGCAACCUGAGCGUCCACUGUACUGAUAUUUGGGGCUGUGGAAUUUUUACAAAGAUAACAAUAGUUGCUAAUCAAACAGAAUGAUUUAAUUUUAGGGCCACACACACACACACACACACACACAUGUAUGUAUAUAUACAGUGGUACCUCGGGUUACAGACGCUUCAGGUUACAGACUCCGCUAACCCAGAAAUAGUACCUCGGGUUAAGAACUUUGCUUCAGGAUGAGAACAAAAAUUGUUCAGCGGCAGCGGGAGGCCCCAUUAGCUAAAGUGGUGCUUCAGGUUAAGAACAGAUUCAUGUUAAGAACGGACCUCCAGAACGAAUUAAGUUCUUAACCCCAGGUACCGCUCUGUGUGUGUGUGUGUAUAUGUGUGUGUAUAUAUAGAUAUAUAGAUAUUUAUAUAUAGAUAUAUAUAGAUAUGUAUAUGCAUAUAUGUACAUAUGUAUAUGUAUAUAUAUACAUAUGUAUAUGUAUAUAUAUAUAUAUGUAUUUACAUGAUGAAUCGAUUAUGAUUUAAUUAUUAAAAAUACAUGAUCAUCUAAUUAUUAGCAAUACAAGAACUUGUAAAAACUGCAAGGGGCAAGACCCAUAUUAAAAGACUUGUUUUCUCUCCCUUCCACCUCUCUCUCUCUCAUAGACAUGGGUGGGGAAUCUCUGGGCCAAAUGGCUUUCAAGACUUUUUGGGGAAAGCCACACCCCCUUUCCCUACAUCUGACAUUGUACGUGGCACCAGGUGUUGGGCAGGCACAGCUUCAAAGUGGCGAUGGCAAACUUAAAGAGGGCUCUCAGUGUUUCAUUUGCUGGAGCUCGGCGCUCUCCACUUUCCUCUCCAGGAGUCUGUUAAUUGGGAACGUGACUCUCCUGUCAUUCUGGCGGUGCACAGAGUCACUUAAUUUGCCAGCGUUGGCACAGCAUUAAUUAUGCCGUCACAAGGCACACUUCUUCUGUGCCAAGGAGGAGAUGACGUGCCCGGCGACUCCUACGCAAGGGAACCGAAAAAGCAACCCGAAUGCGAUCCUUGAUGCUGCUGCUGUAAUUACCACCGAAAUCACAAAUGCCUCUUUCUGAAACCAAGCAAGAACUACAAAAGUUGGCCUUGGGAGAUGGUGGAGUAGCCAAGGACACCUGAAUCAUCAGUCUUGUCUUUUUCUCCCUCUUCUUUAAAUAAGAAAACUAGGGGGGGAAAGCAGGAAGUACUCUUUACAAAGGGGGGGGGGAAGUGAGAUGUUCUCGAGAACAUCAUAAGGGUGUUUGAUUUCUUCUGUAAGUCGUCCGCCCCCCUCUAUUGGGGCCAGGGAAGUAUUGUGCAAUCUGCGAAAAAUAAGGGAGGACCUUCAGAUGGGUCAUGGUUUGCAGGCAGAAGUGUUUGAGGUUCAUCCUGUAGCAUCUCUGGCUAAGAGGACUUGAAACCUCCCAUAACAGGGCUGUAAAGGAGUGUUAUGUGCAAGAGAUCAUAGAAUCAUAGAAUCAUAGAGUUGGAAGAGACCACAAGGGCCAGCGAGUCCAACCCCCUGCCAAGCAGGAAACACCAUCAGAGCACUCCUGACAUAUGGUUGUCAAGCCUCUGCUUAAAGACCUCCAAAGAAGGAGACUCCACCACACUCCUUGGCAGCAAAUUCCACUGUCGAACAGCCCUUACUGUCAGGAAGUUCUUCCUAAUGUUUAGGUGGAAUCUUCUUUCUUGUAGUUUGGAUCCAUUGCUCCGUGUCCGCUUCUCCGGAGCAGCAGAAAACAACCUUUCUCCCUCCUCUAUGUGACAUCCUUUUAUAUAUUUGAACAUGGCUAUCAUAUCACCUCUUAACCUCCUCUUCUCCAGGCUAAACAUGCCCAGCUCCCUUAGCCGUUCCUCAUAAGGCAUUGUUUCCAGGCCUUUGACCAUUUUGGUUGCCCUCCUCUUCUGCAGAUCUUCUGCUUCUAUUCAGAGCAGACCAGGGAAGAGAAACCUUGGGCUCUCCCCAUGUCAGAUUCUAACUGCCGACAGUCCCAGUCACCACAGUAGACAGUCAGGGGUGAUGGGAGCUGUAGUUCAGCAAUAUCAGAAGAGCCAAAGUUUCACCAUCCUUGGAAAAGAAUCGUAGAACUGUAGAGUUGGAAGGGACCCUGAGUAUCAUCUAAUCCAACCCCCCACAAUGCAGGAAUACACAGCUGACCCAUGCAGGGAUGGAACCUGCAGCCUUGGUGUUAUCAGCGCCACGUUCUAACCAGCUGAGCUAUCUAGGAUUUGAUCAAAGUUAUUCCACGACAGGCUUGGAAAACCCCACCUCAAAGCUUUUAGAGCAGGCAUAGGCAAACUUUGGCCCUCCAGAUGUUUUGGGACCGCAACUCCCAUCAUCCCUAGCUAACAGGGCCAGUGGUCUGGGGUGAUGGGAAUUGUAGUCUCAAAACCUCUGGAGGGCCAAGUUUGCCUAUGCCUGCUUUAAAGGUAAAGGGACCCCUGACCAUUAGGCCCAGUUGCGGACGACUCUGGGGUUACAGCGCUCAUCUCGCUUUAUUGGCCGAGGGAGCCGGCGUACAGCUUCCGGGUCAUGUGGCCAGCAUGACUAAGCCGCUUCUGGCGAACCAGAGCAGCGCACGGAAACGCCGUUUACCUUCCCGCUGGAGUGGUACCUGUUUAUCUACUUGCACUUAGACGUUCUUUUGAACUGCUAGGUUGGCAGGAGCAGGGACCAAACAACGGGAGCUCACCCCAUCCUGGGGAUUCGAACCACUGACCUUCUGAUCGGCAAGUCCUAGGCCCUGUGGUUUAGAUCACAGCGCCACCUGCGUCCCUCAUGCCUGUUUUAGAGCCAGCCAAUUAAUUCUUCUCCACCUCAGUUUAGAAUUCUUCUCUGUCUCAGACAGGCUUGGAAAAUAAGCAGAAUUAUUUCCGCAUCCCUCCCUGCUCCUCCAGGAAUUCUUUGAUUCAUUUCUAGAUCAACUUGAUGUAGUUGGGGGGGGGGAUUGCCCAUCUGUAGUUUGGAAUGAGAGGCUCCCUGUGAGUUUAAGGAGGGGCCCCACCCAUUCGCUGUAUCACACAGAGCCACUGUCCUUCGUUCCUCUUAAUCGUUCCUUCACCCAGGCGAUCACCUCACCAGGAACUUAGCCUGGCUUAUACAGUGGUACCUCAGGUUAAGAACUUAAAUCGUUCUGGAGGUCCGUUCUUAAGCUGAAACUGUUUUUAACCUGAGGUACCACUUUAGCUAAUGGGGCCUCCCGCUGCCGCCACACCGCCGCUGCGUGAUUUCUGUUCUCAUCCUGAGGUAAAGUUCUUAACCCGAGGUACUACUUCUGGGUUAGCGGAAUUUGUAACCUGAAGCGUCUGUAACCCGAGGUACCACUGUAUUGUAACACUUGCUGGAUACAGGGGUUAGAAGGGUCUUGAUGUACAACCUGUUCCUAACAUCACUUUCUGAUGGGAGCAAAGGACCUAAACCAUUUGCUAUGGUGCACGUAAAAAUCAUGUGUUCUACCUCUACUUUUAUUACAAUCUAUUUAUCUACCUCUUCUUGGCUCAGAGAUGCCACCCCAGUACUGAAGAGCGUAUUAAAACAACAAAACUAUCCAGUAGAGUGUGAGAACAUCAGGGGAAAAAACUUUCUGGCAGUAAGAGCUGUUAGACAGUGGAAUGGUCUCCCUUGGGAGGUUGUGAACUCUCCUUCCUUGGAGGUUUUUAAACAGAGGUUGGAUAGCCAUCUGUCAUGGAUGCUUUAAAUGAGAUCCCUGCAUGGCAGGGAGUUGGACUAGAUGACCCUCGGGGUCCCUUCCAACUCUGCAAUUCUACGAUUCUAUUAUUUUGUAGAACAAUCGACAAGUAAGAUAUAUUUUAAGUCAAUCGGCAGUGGUGAAAUCACAGCAGGUAGAGCAGAAAAAGCCUUACUUCUCCUGAAGAAAGGGCUUGCCAUCUCCAGGGUUUUGUAAAAAUGCAGUGGUACCUUGGUUGAACAUUUCGGUUUUCGAACACUGAAAUCCCGGAAGUAAAUGCUUCUGUUUUUGAAUGUGCCUCGGAAGUUGGACGGCUUCUGAGGCGCAAUGGUCAAUUUUCUCAAAUGAAUUUACCGACCGUUCAUUGUGCCUCGGUUGUCGAACGUUUCAGAAGUCGAACAGUCUUCCGGAACAGAUUGUUUGACAACCGAGGUACCACUGUAUUAUAAUUACAUUGGUACCUCUGGUUGCGAACGGGAUCCGUUCCGGAGGCCUGAUCGCAACAUGAAAAGAGCGCAACCUGCAGCGGCGCAUUUGCACACUUGCGGGUUGCGAUUCGGCGCUUCUGUGCAUGCGCAUGACGCCAUUUUGCACUUCUGCGCAUGCACGAGUGGCGAAACCCAGAAGUAACCCUUUCCGGUACUUCCGGGUCACCCCGGGACGUAACCUGAAAGAACGUAACAUGAAGCAAAUGUAACAUGAGUAUGACUGUAUCAUUGUUUUUAAAGAAAACUAUGCUGCCAAAUUAAUUUUAAUUUGUUAACUUUAAUCAUUCAGUUGAUUUCUCCCCGCCCCCCCAAAUUGAUUAGUCUAAGCGAUUGAUGGCCCAUCAAAGCUGCAAUCCUGUGCUCCAUAGAAUUUACUUCUGCAUUGACAAUGAUGCGGUUGGUUCCCCACCUCACAUCUAUUAUCAUUCUGCGAUGCAGCAUGGACUAAAAAUGUGUGCUGUUAAUAAUCUAGGCGAUGCUUUGCAGUGUGACAUAAAGAGGUUGUCUGAACACUUGCUACUUGAAGGAGCUGGGAAAUGAGCUAAGUGCCACAACGGGAAGCGGAACAUCCUUUCAUCUUUUACCACCUAGCAUGGAAAAAAGACAGCAAAGUGGAAUGAUACCUUUGAAUGGGUCAAUUAAUGUUCUCAGAGUCUUGCGAGGAAAGGGAGCCAAACUGUUCAGAACUCUCUUUCAGUCCAAGAGGGGAAAGUGCCUUUUUCUCUUCCUUCCCUAGGUUCCGCAACAAAGGGAACCUGUAACUUUCAGGAACCUCAUUCAAGCACUUAAGAAUCGUUUAAGCUCUGCUGAAGAGCUUCAGGUUACAAAGAGGCCUUCCUGCGGUUUUCUCUCUUUUCAAGGCCUCGCGGCAGUCGUCUGCUUUUAGCAGGCUCUGGGAAUAUGGUGCAUGCAAGAUGUGAUUUUAAUACCAAAACCCCACACAUAAAAACAAAAAAAACCUGUCCGUCUCCUCCACCCCAACCCCGGGACAAAAAGAACCCAGGAAAAAUGCCUGUUGCCAUUCAGAAUGUAACAGCCGAACCUGAAAACUCCCAACACCGUUUGACAAGGGGAUGUGUUAUCUGUUCUAAAACCGCCACGUUCUCUGUCGAGGUGAGCUGGUUUUUGUAACCUGUGGAAAUGGUGCAAUUGAACAUACAUUGGAUUGUUCAGUGCAUUGGUUUCCCCCGCUGCGUUUGCUAGUUGCGGAGGGUCGUAAGUACAUAAGAAAAGCCUUCUGGAUCAAGCCAAAGCCCUGUGCAGACUCCCCUCUUGUGAUUCCUGGCAACUGACCAUGUGCCUCUGACGGUGGAAGGAGAACAUUGUUAUUGUGGGUAGUCGAUAGGGCCGGCCCACCUGUUAGGCAAGGUGAGGCGAUUGCCUCAGGUGGCAGGAUCAACAGGGGCAGCAAAUCCCAGUGUCUUUAUUUCUUGUUCCUGAUGUAGUUUUUCCCUGGCAGAGAGAUGGGCACCAUUUUGAGGUCUGCUUCAGGUUCCUAAACGUUUUGGUCCGACUCUGGUAGUAGCCACUGAUAGCUCUAUCUUCCAUAAUGAGCUGACCAUGAUCAUACAAAAAAAUUCGUCUGGUCUCUGUCCCCCUCUUCUUGGUCUUCAUUGCAAUUUAGUCAUCUUGAAAAUAGCUUGAAUUGCCAAACAAAAGCAAGAAAGAAAGAAAGAAAAAAAGAAAAAGAAAGAAAGAAAGAAAGAAAGAAAGAAAGAAUUGAGAUUGUCAAGGUGCUGUUUCCUGCGGCUGGUACUAAAUUCUGAGCUUGUGCAGAAUUAAGAAGCUGUUAAUAUCAUCAGUCUAUCUAGCUCAGUACUGUCCCCAUUUAACUGGCAGUACAGUGGUACCUCAGGUUACAGACGCUUCAGGUUACAGACUCCGCUAACCCAGAAAGAGUACCUUGGGUUAAGAACUUUACUUCAGGAUGAGAACAGAAAUUGUGCUUCGGCAGCAGCGGGAGGCCCCAUUAGCUAAAGUGGUACCUCAGGUUAAGAACAGUCCUCCAGAAUGAAUUAAGUUCUUAACCUUACGUACCACUGUACCUCUUCCAAGGUUUCAGGUGGGAGUCUUUCUAGCCUUACCUAGAGAUGUUGAGGACUGAACCAUGGAACGUUUUGCAAGCAAAAGCAUAUCCUGUGCCCAGUAUACCUGAAGGAGCGUCUCCACCCCCAUCAUUCAGCACAGACACUGAUAUCCUGCUCCAAGGGCCUUCUGGCGGUUCCCUCACUGUGAAAAGCAAAGUUACAGGGAACCAGGCAGAGGGCCUUCUCGGUGGUGAUGCCCACCCUGUGGAACACCCUCCCAUCAGAUGUCAAGGAAAUAAACAACUGACUUUCCAAAGACAUCUAAAGGCAGCCCUGUUUCAGGAAGUUGUUUAAUGUUUGAUGUUUUAUCAUGUUUUUAAUAUUCUGUUGGGAGCCACCAAAAGUGGUUGGGGAAACCCAGCCAGAUGGGCGGGGUAUGUAUCAAUCAAUCAAUCAAUCAAUCAAUCAAUAAUUAGCUGCAGCCUUUUCCCCCAAAGGGAAAAAAGUUAGGAUGCAAAUCACAGAACCAAAUUGCAGCUUAUACGCAGGUAAGCAUUUGAGUCUCACGAUAGGCAGAGGGCAGCCAAAGCAGCCCCAACCAAAUGUAAUCAUAAACACCAUAUUAACAAAGGUGGAGAUCUGCUUUGAAAGCAGGCCAGGCAGAGAAUCCAUUGAAAUAAAAUCGGAUGGUGGUCAAAGGCUUGCUGGCGUGGCUUUUAAUCCAAAGUAUCGUCACUCCAAGCUGUGAAAUGAUAGGGAAAACGCCAUCUUAACCUGUCUAUCACAUUACUUUUCCUCCAAGAAAUCCAGGAUGUCAUCCCAUUUUGUUCUCCAACCCCUGAGAGGUAGGCUAGCUGGGUUAAGAGUCACUAGCCCAAGGCUUCCAGAGAAAACGUCCUGGCAAAGUAGGGAAUUCGAACCCAAGACUCCCUGAUACAGUUCACCACCUUACCCAGUAUGCCACACUGAUUUCUAAUUUCCCUCUUUCUCCCUCCGUUAAAAAUGAUGGCCGUGGGUUGCAUCCAGUGGUCGACUUACUCAGAGUAGACCCAAUGCAGUAAAUUGGCCUGGGUGACUUGGAUCCACUAACUGCAAUGGGUCUUCUCUGAAUAGGACCUGCGCUGGGGACAACACUAUACUUUGACACCUCAGCAUUCAGCUCUUGCAGAAAUCUUUUGCCUUUUGCUGAUGAGUCAUAUAUGCCCCUGACUCAUCUACCGAGAUCUAGAAAUCUAGAAACGCAGGAACGCGUUGCUUUCAGGGAAAGGCUGUCAUGCAACAGCAGAACGCACAUUUUGCAGGUUGAAGGUCUCAGGUUCAGCCACUGACGUCUCCGGGAAGAACUGGGAAUGGUUCGUGGCUGAAACCUUUGAGAGACAAUACUGGUCCGUGUCGAUAAGACUUCACAAGGUGGGCCAACAGCCACCUCUGUGUAUGCCAAUUUUCGAUGUCCCCGAGUAUUGAGCGUCAAAGUGACCCAAGCAGUGUUUGCAGACGUCGUCUGGUUUUCCACAGAAAUGACAACGCAGACUUAUUUUCUCUUAGGCUCAGUCCCAGGGGUCGAUAACGCUGAAAAUAAUCCCGGCUGUCAAAGAAGAAGAUCGCCUGAAAGAAAGCAAGGUGAGGGAGUUUGCCAACAUACGAGGACACUCUGGGCCUGUUCAGACAUUCUUCUGAACAUAGGUGUUGGGGGACAGCGGUGUUGCUGUGGCUUGUGUGAGCCUGCCCCCUGGCAGUAGCAGAUUCCAUUUUUUCCUUUGACUGUUUUAAAAAUAUUGCUUCAACUUCUUCUUAACAGCUCCCUGUCCACCCAAUGUCCACCCCCAGAAUAUUCCUAGAACGGCACUAGCAUUAAAUUGUCUUGUUUUUCUAGAUUGCAAGGUGUUUUUUUUUUAAAAAAAAACAAUGUAAGAAAAACUGCCGCCACCAUAACAAACACAUUUUUUCCUCAGAAAAUGUCACACAGGAAUAUGGAGCCUUCCUGGCGCUGGUGGACUCCAGGUCCCAUCAGCCCCCAGCCAGCAUGGCCAAAGGUCAGGGGAUGCUGGGAAUUGUAGUUCAGCAUGGUGAGGCCUAUACACCUACCGUUUUUGAUGGGGAACAGAGGUAGGGAAUGUAAGUGAAGGAGUGUCUCCACCCGCAUCAUUCAGCCCAGACACUGAGGUCCAGCUCCAAGGGCCUUCUGGCAGUUCCCUCCCUGUGAGAAGUGAGGUUACAGGGAACCAGGCAGAGGGCCUUCUUGAUACUGGCACCCACCCUGUGGAAUGCCCUCCCAUCAGAUGUCAAGGAAAUAAACAACUAUCUGACUUUUAGAAGACAUCUGAGAGCAGCCCUGUUUAGGGAAAUUUUUAAUGUUUGAUGUUUUAUCAUGUUUUUAGUAUUUUGUUGGGAGCCGCCCAGAGUGGCUGGGGAGGCCCAGCCAGAUGGGCAGGAUAUAAAUAAAUGAUAAUAAUAAUAAUGAUAAUGAUGAUGAUGAUUAUUGUAAUACAAGUCACCAUCCCUCCCCCGUGGUAAGUGUUUCCUCUUGUCUAAAACCACUUUAACUGCUUUAGGCCCACCCCAAAGGCAACAUUAUUCAUGUAAAAUAUCUUUAGUAACAGAAAUGGCCCCACAAAUUCGCAUGUUGUGAAUGGGUGUUGUGAAUUUUUUUUGGGGGGGGGCAGCUAAUAUAUGUUCUCUCUGUCUGGCCAGCCAUUUUGAGAACCAAUGAUGUAUAUUUAGUUUUGUUAAUAAUUGGAGAGUGCCAAAUCCUGUGGACGAUACAAAAAUUUGCAGCCUUUCUCAUGUAGCGCUGGAUGUAAUGUUCCUUCCUUCCUAGGUGUUCAUGAGAGCCCUCUUCUCCUAUAACCCGAAAGAGGAUAAAGCGAUCCCAUGCCAGGAGGCUGGGCUGCCAUUUCAGAAAAGGCACAUCUUGGAGGUGGUGAGCCAGGACGACCCGACGUGGUGGCAGGCUAAACGUGUGGGCGACACGAAUCUCCGGGCAGGGCUGAUCCCCUCAAAGCAGUUCCAAGAAAGGUUGGUCAGUUCUGUGUGGCUGUGGGCCUGGGCUAGUAACAGAAAGCAUGUGCAAAACCAUGGACUUUGUGCAGGUGUGAUGACAAACCAUAGUGACUUGUUAUGAGAACAAAGCUGUGAUGAACCUCAAGCUCUCAUGUUUCUUCCUCCCCUUCCUUUGAGUGAGAGGGGAAGUGGUGAUGAGGAGCUACUGCUUCUGGUCUGUGGCAAACUAUAAUUGGCCAUUUCAUAAAAAUAUGACAAACUAUGGUUUGUACAAACCAUUGUUUCUCUUCAAGGCAGUAUUAAACUGUGGUUGAGGCUUGCUGGUUUGAGGACCAACCACGCUUUGCCACACUGGGGCAAAACCACAAACUGUCUGAAGGGGAUCGGGUUGGCGAAGUUUGUUCCAAGAUCUUUUAACCAGGGGGUUUUCUUUAGGCGUCCCCAUCAACUUCAGUCCAGGGAAAAAAAUGUUCUUAGUAGUGUCUCCCUAGGGAGACUUGCCUUUAUGUUGCUUUGGUACCAAGUAAAGAGCUUUUUUGGAGGGACACGGGUGGUGCUGUGCUUUAAACCACAGAGCCUAGGACUUGCCGAUCAGAAGAUUGGCGAUUCGAAUCCCCGUGACGGGUGAGCUCCCGUUGCUCGGUCCCUGCUCCUGCCAACCUAGCAGUUCGAAAGCACACCAGUGCAAGUAGAUAAAUAGGUACCACUCCGGCGGGAAGGUAAACGGCGUUUCCGUGCGCUGCUCUGGUUCGCCAGAAGCGGCUUAGUCAUGCUGGCCACAUGACCCGGAAGCUGUAUGCCGGCUCCCUCGGCCAAUAAAGCGAGAUGAGUGCCGCAACCCCAGAGUCGGCCACGACUGGACCUAAUGGUCAGGGGUCCCUUUACCUUUACUAAAGAGCUUUUUAAUUUCUUGGGCUUUGAAAGUCCGCUCUACUUCACUUUUGUGCUGCUUCAUGCUUGUUUCAAUUCCACUGAUUGUUUUAUGAAUUACUCCUUUUGAUAUUGUGGUGGUUUAAUAUUCUUUUUAAAUAUUUGUUUACCAUAAUCUUAGCUGUUCGUAAGAGAGGUAACACACACAGUGCUAUGUCCUAUGCAACAGUGAUCAGGGACCCGUGGCUCUGCGGAUGUUGCUGAACUACAACUCCCAUCAUUCCUGACCAUUGGCUAUGUUGGCUGGGGCUGAUGGGAGUUGGAGUCCAACGACAUCAGGAGGGCCACAUUUUCCCCACCCGUUCUUUGCAAGGCAGCAAAUUCUGCAUCUGAGUCUCAGAGGCCCUGUAUGAGCAAAUAGGUUUAGGAGCGACGUGUUCAGCCACUUCAGAUGAGCUUGAUCCUCUCAGCUACCUGUGCAAAGCUUAACGCUGUUAUCGCCAGCACCAAAUUUCUCUUCUCUCUUAAGCCUCUCAGCAGCUGCAGCAGCAGCUGCGAGGGGCUUAGAAUGGAAAAAGGAUCCAUCUCCUCUGAAAGGCAAGAUGCGACUUGCCACUAUGAAUUUUUCUCUUCUUAAAAAUUGAUUUUGAGUGCAAAGGAGGGAACAACAAAUCGAUGGUAAUAGAAACAAACGUUCUGCGUGCGGCAGAGCAGCUGCCUUCUGCCUUAAAUCACACCGUUUCCUUUUGCCUGCUAAGUCCUUGCACAGCUCUUCCUUCCCUCUGCCUGCAGCAACGUAAACAGUCAGAACUAACUGACAAGGAUCAGGAGCAAAGAGAGUUGCAGUGGCUGCAGACAACGAAAACCAAGGAAGAGGACCAAUGCAGCCUGUUCCCAGGGCUGUGCUGGCUAGGGGUGGGGUGCAACUGGGGCAUGCUAGUCCUGGCCCCCACAAAAAAGCUCUCCACCCCACCAUCACUGCUGUGCAUUCUGCAGGUCCUUGCCAUGGCCCUGCCACCCGGUUCACAGCGUACACUCACGUGGUUCCUUGCAUUGUGGCAGGGCUCCAGCCUCACACCUGCCCCUGGCUCCACAUACCCUCCGGGAGUCUCUAGACCUUCCCAUCUGCUUUCCGAAUCCAAAUAAGAAGCCAGCUGCUUGUUGGCUUAUCUUGGACUCUUGCCCUUUGAACAAACCUGCCGAUGCACAGGCUGUGCAUGUGACUUGAACCAAGCCAGUUUGGAGUCUUGGGUCUGAAUUCCUGCACCUGCCUAGAGCUUAGGCACAAAAGCAGGACCACGGACAGCUCCAAGCUAUGCACUGGAAGGACAGAUCGUGAAGCUGAGGCUCCAAUACUUUGGCCACCUCAUGAGAAGAGAAGACUCCCUGGAAAAGACCCUGAUGCUGGGAAAGAGUGAGGGCACAAGGAGAAGGGGACGACAGAGGACGAGAUGGUUGGACAGUGUUCUCGAAGCUACCAGCAUGAGUUUGACCAAACUGCGGGAGGCAGUGGAAGACAGGAGUGCCUGGCGUGCUCUGGUCCAUGGGGUCACAAAGAGUCAUAGAAUCAUAGAAUCAUAGAGUUGGAAGAGACCACAAGGGCCAUCGAGUCCAACCCCCUGCCAAGCAGGACACGACUAAACGACUAAACAACUACAACAGCUACAUGCAGCUGGCUAGGAUGUUGUUUCAGCAUGUCAGGAGAGCCCACAGGGCCCCCCCCCCCAUUUUUUAAAAUUAAGUUUUCCAAAAUUUCACACAUACAUUUCAAUACACAAUAAAAACCUUUUUCUCUUUUUUCAACUUCCCACCCCCUUUUCCAUGGUGUUUCUGUUUCUCUCCUUCUGCCUGCAAUGCUGUCUUCUAUCUCUUAAACCUUAACCAAACUUCUGUCAUCUUUAAACCCUUCUGUUGCUCAUAUUUCAGAUUUUGCUUGCGUGUUUGUCAUGUAAUAAUCAUUCUUUAAAUAAUCCGAAAGGGGCUUACAUUCUUCCACAAAACCUGCAUCAUUUUUAGCUGUUAACUUUGCCAGUUCUGCAUCAGUUUGCUUGUCCAUUCUUCUUUGGUGGGUAUUUCUGUUUCUUUCCUUUUUUGUGUGCAGAGAACCCUAGCUGCAGUUGUAACCCACAAGGGGGUUAAAUUAACUCUUGGUCCUAUGGUUCGUCUCUGGGCUGCAGUUCACAUCAACUCUGAGCAUUGGCCAUGCUGGCGUGGGCUGAUGGAAGUUGGAGUCGAACAACCUCUAAGGGUUCUCCAUCCCUGGUUGACAUGGCCUGCAUGCAGCUUGGGGUUUCUAGCUGUGUCCCACUGUGCUAAUAAUAAUAAUAAUAAUAAUAAUAAUAAUAAUAACUAAUAAUUAAUAAUAAAUUUUGGCUGGGCCUCCCCAGCCACUUUGGGCAGCUCCCAACAGAAUAUUAAAAACACGAUAAAACAUCAAACAUUAAAAACUUCCCUAAACAGGGCUGCCUUCAGAUGUCUUCUAAAAGUCAGAUAGUCGUUUAUUUCCUUGACAUCUGAUGGGAGGGUGUUCCACAAGGUGGGCGCCACUACCAAGAAGACCCUCUGCCUGGUUCCCUACAGUGAGGGAACCUCCAGAAGGCCCUCAGAGUCGGACCUCAGUGUCCGGGCUGAACGAUGGGGGUGGAGACGCUCUUUCAGGUAUACUGGGCCGAGGCUUUAAAGGAGCUGCGCCUGGCUCUUAGGCACUGACUCUGGCAGAGCUAGGGGGUUUCCUGCUCCACAGAGAGUGAAGAAAUACGAGUCCAAAAAGAAGGACAGAGUGACUUUCUCAGGUGCUGUAGAUCAGGGGUAGGCAACCUAAGGCCCAGAGGCCGGAUGCGGCCCAAUCGCCUUCUCAUUCCGGCCCGCGGACAGUCUGGGAAUCAGCGUGUUUUUACAUGAGUAGAAUGUGUUAGGAUAUUUCCAUUCCACGUUAAAAGGGAGCAGGCUUUGUGAGUCAGAGUCUGCGUAUUUCCUGUUUUCACAGGAUGUUUAUGUUUUCUGUUGCUUUCGUUUCUCUCUCUGUGUCGUAGACACUAAAGCAGGCAGUCAUGUUUUUCUGUGUUCUGAUCAACGCUGAAUAAACUUGUAAAUAAUGCUCUCCUGAGUGCGACUUUGGCUGUGCAUUAUCUGCUGAUAGAGUGUGCAUGAGCUCUGGAAUGUGGCAAGCUAUUUCUAGAAACUCAUGUCACUAAUUGCUGAUACUGCGUGACUACGGGAGAUCGAUGGAUCGUCCGGCAGCCGGCUUGGGGGCCAUGAUGGACUUUAUCUCCCUGGCAGUAUCCCAACAGAAUGUGUCCUUUUAUUUAAAAUGCAUCUCUGGGUUAUUUGUGGGGCCUGUAUGGUGUUUUUACAUGAGUAGAAUGUGUGCUUUUAUUUAAAAUGCAUUUCUGGGUUACUUGUGUGGCAUAGGAAUUCGUUCACCCCCCCCCAAUAUAGUCCGGCCCCCCACAUGGUCUGAGGGAUGGUGGACUGGCCCACAGCUGAAAAAGGUUGCUGAUCCUUGCUGUAGAUGGUGUUCCCCUUUCACGGCAGAACAGCAUCUUCUGGGGAUAAUUCCUGCACCCUGUGCUCUUCUUCUUCCUUAUCCUCAGACCCUUCUGAUUGGGGUUUCCCAGCCCCUACAUCAUAAUAACUUACAGAACAGAUCCGGGAAUGGGAUCUGCAUCCAACUCCAGCUAUUGGCAACCCAUGUCCCUCUCAAGGAAAGCUCCCCAUGCUUGUUCCAGAAGAGAGGCUGUUUUGAUGUACUAGGGAUGUGGGAUGUGGAAUCAAAUGGGGUGUGUGUCAAGGAAUGAGGGGUUUCGAGAAGCAUCAAGGAGAUGGUUGGAGGUGGGGCACAGUGGUGCAGAACCGGACUGUGUGCAGUCGUGGGAGUAGAGCUGUUGUAAGCUUGGACAGCGAAUGGUGCAUGAAACAAUGAGUGACGCUUGCACCUGGAGCCCAAAACUCAAGAGACUCCAUCCGGAAUCAGCAUCCUUCCUUGCUUUGCAUCCCUGAUGCACACCUCUUUUAGACAGCAAGGACCUUGGGGGCAGGGAUGUGCCUUGUAAAAACCCAUGCACACUACUGAUGCUGGGGUUUUGGCCCAGAAACUGCUUUGGUCGCCCUGUAUGAUGACCUCUGUCGAGAGAGACACAAAGGAAAAAUGUCCCUGCUAAUUCUUCUCGACCUCUCAGCGGCUUUCGAUACCAUCGACCAGGGUAGCCUUCUGGAGUGACUGUCCGAACGAGGGGUGGGGUGGGGGGCAGGAUUAAGACCUCAUCUCAUCUUAUCAAGAUAAUUUUAUUGGAACAAGAUAUAAAGCUAUUGAUUAUGCAGCCAGCGUAUUCCGUUUCCUACGUGACCCAUCUCUUACGAAGGCACACCAUGGAAAGGAACAACCAGAAGAUUCAAGAUUUCUGUACCUGCUUUUUCUUUUUCUUUUAAGAGGAAAGGGAGAGAUGCGUUGAAGGGUACAUUACAAUUGAGAAAGGGAGUACCCUGGAGGAACGGUUCUGUGAACAGGCAGCAGAAUUGUUUAUUACACCACGGUGGGGAACCUUUUUUCAGCUCAAGGGCCACAUUUCCCACCUGGGUAACCUUCCGAGGGCCACCUGCAAGUGUUGGACGGAGCCAGAGGCAAAAGCAGGUGGAGCAACAAAUGUAUAAUUUUUUUUACCCUUGUGCCAUAAGCUGGAUCUGCACACAUGCACACAUGCACACAUGCACACAAACACUACUCUGUCCAGGCAAGCAAGAUACAUUAUCAGAGUUCAAGGUCACACGAGCCUGGAGAAAGUACUUGGGGUUGCAUUCAGUGCAGCGCUAAUGUGAAUCUUCUCUCACUGCAAGGCUUUCUUCUUGCACAACAGAACAUUCUCCUCCUCCUGCAUGCCCCCUAAAUCUGCUCUGCAGUUUCCCCCAACCUUCCAAAACAGAUUUGGGAAUGGUGUGGGUCACACACUAGGGCGAGGAGGGGAGGAAACCUCAUUCCUCUCGUGCUAAUCCUCCCACUCAUGCAAAGAUUUAGUUUAGUGUUUCCCAAACUUGGCUUCCCAGCUGUUUUUGGAGUACAACUCCCAUUAUCCCUAGCUAGCAGGACCAGUGGCCAGGGAUGAUGGGAACGGUAGUCCAAAAACAGCUGGGGACCCAAGUUUGGGAAACACAGAUUUAGUUGAGUACUUGGGAGCCAGUGUGAUGUAGUGGUUAAGAGCAGUGGACUCGUAAUCUGGUGAACCGGGUUCGCGUCUCCGCUCUCCACAUGCAGCUGCUGGGUGACCUUGGGCCAGUCACACUUCUCUGAAGUCUCUCAGCCCCACUCACCUCACAGAGUGUUUGUUGUGGGGGAGGAAGGGAAAGGAGAAUGUAAGCCGCUUUGAGACUCCCUCGGGUAGGAUAAAGCGGGAUAUCAAAUCCAAACUCCUCCUCCUCCUCCUCUUCUUCUUCUUCUUCUUGGAAUGUUGGAGCAAGGCUAGAGAGGGUUGUGGCCUGGGAAAGGGGGAGCCCGGAGGCAGUUCCAAGGGCCAGACAGAGGUGCUUGGAGAUCUGCAUUUGGUCCCCUGAGGUUCCUGUACAUUGCAUUGGAAGCCAGUGCAACGCUGUAGUUAGAGAGCCAGACUAGGACUGCUAUAUCUAAAAACUCUGAUAGGCUGAUGGCCACACCAGCAGCCAGAUGCAGCUUUGAAUCUCUACUUUUCCCCACUGCAGCAGAAGCCAUGAAAUAGAUGAGGGAGAACCUGGCAGUUUCUGGUCACUCAGAACUGCUUCUCAGUAGAAAGCUCAGAGACCCCUUUUUGGGGAGCAGGGGAAAUGCCCAAUGCGUGUCUUAAUUCGGGAAACCGGUAUGGAUCAGGAACCUGUUCUGGAUCAGGACCCCCCCAGCUGCUUCCCUCUCCUUUGGGAGUUUCGAGUGGCGGUGUUGAUUAUGAUUAUUAAAGUCUGAACAAAGUAACGUGUGAUUUGGCCCUUAAUCUCGUUUGAUUUCAGCAGGAACUGAGCGCAACGAGCGCAUUCCGGCUCUCUGGUUUGAGGCUUUCUCCUUGAGCUCUUCUCCGCCCCCUUUCUGAUAAACUCUUGUGUUUUUCUUUUUCUAUGUAGGCGUCUGAUGUACAGAAGGACCAUUGGAGUGCUGCACAACACCAGAAGCGUCACAAAACCUCUCUGUGAGUCACCCCGAAACCUUUCCCUUGUUUGUUUAGUGUGGCUUGUGUUUCCGCUACAUCUGGCUUUUCCUUUCUCUUUCCCAAACUGGGCUUCUUUUGUGAGGCUUCGCAAUGCCGUCCCAUGAAAGGUGCAGAGACACCGGGAGCCUGAAGCACGGCUGUGUCUUGCCAUUCAGGUACAACAGCCGUAGUGUAG